UGAGAACUACUGAGAGAAGCACACGCCUGUGAUUCCAUAACCCGGCAUGUCUGUCCCGGUGGAUAGAGGGCAGCAGGGACCCGCGGGUGAGCUGCGCGGGAAAACGUUAGGGGAACUCACCGAGAUCCUGGAGCGACAGGAGAAGCUGCUGAGUAAUAAGAAAUUUAUUGCUAAACUUCCCGACCGAGGAAAAAAGAUUUCGGAUUACACUGAAAAGGUCAGGACAAGUAUUGCUGAACAUAAUCGACGGCAGAAAGCCACAGAUCUCCUUUCAGCAUUCAAGUCACAAUUUCAGGAGCACCAAUGUAAUAUAAGAAAGAAUGCCGAGAUCUCAGAAGACCGGGGAACACAAGUGUCCUCAAAUGUGGGAGAGGGGGAAGAGACCUCCUCUGUUCCUGCUCAUGGCAAAAGCUUAGGGUUUGCACAUGAACUGGAGACAAGCAGCUCUCCCAUGAAAAUCACUGAAGAGACAUGCUGUGAUGACUCUCGCACAGAUGAGAAUUCAGCCGAUGCUCUGGCCAAUAUCCUGAAGGUGAUCAGUAUUCAAGAAAGUGGGGCCAAGGCAAGCAAUGGCCCCUCAGAUACUACUGUAGAUGAAAAGACCAGGUCCAGCCCGGGUACCAGUGGAGCAAAGAAGUCUCAUUAUAUUGAAGUUAUAGAGAAGAGGUCAAUGAGCCCAGUCCGGAGGAAGGAAAAAUUCAGAACAAACAGAUUGCCAUCAGACUCAAACUGCUCGACUCCAAAUCAAUCACCAGGAGAUAAAGCGAUUAUAAUGUCUCCCGAAGAGAGAAAACUACAUGACAGGAAACAUCUGGAUGACAUCACUGCUGCUAGACUUCCGCCACUUCAUCACUCUCCAGCCCAGUUACUACCUCUGGAGGAAUCUCUAGCACUUCAGAUGGCACAGAAAGUUACUUAUGAGGAAAAACAAGCUAAGCUUGCCGCACAAAAGCUUUUCGAGAAGCUGAACAUUAAAAUGGGACCUUUUAAUCCUGAAGGAGAUUCAUACAUGAAAUACAGAGAUCCCAGAGCUGACGAAUAACCUGCGGGUGGAUUUGUGGUGUGACUACCACAAUGAAGAUUGGGAAUAUAUCACCCUGGUUGGCCUUAUAUACAUGAAACUGAUGCAUGAUGGCUAUAUGCAGUGUACAAACUAGUAUGACUAGCAAAUGGAAGUUCACUGUGCAUCUAAUGCUUACUCACAUGUUUUCUCAAUGCGCUUUUCCUCCUAAAGAAAUGUUUUUUUUUACAAAAUGCAUGGUGACACCGCUAUUGGGGCUUAUUCAGACGGCCGUAUGCUGUCUGCAAAAAUGCGGAUCCGUUUUUUUGCAGAUCCGAUGCGGUCCCAUUCACUUCUAUGGGGCCCUUUUCUUCC